CUCACAGACACAGACACAGCUGCUGGGUUCAGCCUGUCUGUGUUACAUUGUAACCCCGGGCUGUGGUAGCGACACCCCGCAGAGAGAGGACACAUACACACAAAACGCCAUGGAUCAUUAUGAUGCGAACCACUCGCAGGGCGAUGACUACAUGCAGCCGGAGGAUGACUGGGACCGAGACCUCCUGUUAGACCCAGCCUGGGAGAAGCAGCAGAGAAAGACUUUCACAGCCUGGUGUAACUCUCAUCUCCGCAAGGCAGGAACACAGAUUGAGAACAUUGAAGAGGACUUCAGAGAUGGACUCAAACUCAUGCUUCUCCUUGAGGUUAUCUCUGGUGAACGCUUGCCCAAACCAGAAAGAGGGAAGAUGCGUGUACACAAAAUAUCGAAUGUCAACAAAGCCCUGGAUUUCAUCGCCAGCAAGGGGGUUAAACUUGUCUCCAUCGGAGCUGAAGAAAUUGUGGAUGGAAAUGCAAAGAUGACACUUGGCAUGAUCUGGACAAUCAUCCUUCGAUUUGCCAUACAGGAUAUCUCUGUGGAAGAGACCUCUGCAAAGGAAGGGCUCCUCCUAUGGUGUCAACGCAAGACAGCUCCUUAUAAGAAUGUAAACAUUCAGAACUUCCACAUCAGUUGGAAGGAUGGCCUUGGAUUCUGUGCUCUUAUCCAUAGACACCGGCCAGAGCUUAUUGACUAUGCAAAGCUGCGAAAGGAUGACCCUUACACCAACUUGAACACAGCCUUUGACGUGGCAGAAAAAUACCUGGACAUUCCCAAAAUGUUGGAUGCUGAAGAUCUUAUAAGCACGCUUAGGCCGGAUGAAAAGGCUGUAAUGACCUAUGUUUCAUGUUACUACCAUGCGUUCUCAGGUGCACAGAAGGCGGAAACAGCAGCCAAUCGAAUCUGUAAAGUUCUGGCCGUUAACCAGGAGAAUGAGCAGCUAAUGGAGGAUUACGAGAAGCUGGCCACUGAUCUCCUGGAGUGGAUCCGACGCACAAUUCCCUGGUUGGAAAACCGUGCCCCGGAGAACACCAUGCAGGCCAUGCAGCAGAAACUAGAGGAUUUCCGAGACUACCGGCGCCUCCACAAACCACCCAAAGUGCAGGAGAAAUGCCAGCUGGAAAUCAACUUCAACACCCUGCAGACCAAACUGAGACUCAGCAACAGGCCAGCCUUCAUGCCAUCGGAAGGCAAGAUGGUGUCGGAUAUAAACAAUGCCUGGGGCUCAUUGGAGCAGGCCGAGAAAGGUUAUGAAGAAUGGCUGCUCAAUGAAAUCAGAAGGUUGGAGAGACUGGACCAUCUUGCUGAAAAGUUUAGACAGAAAGCUGCAAUCCAUGAGGCUUGGACCAAUGGUAAGGAGGAAAUGCUGAUGGCAAAGGAUUUUGAGACAGCGACCUUGUCUGAAGUGAAGGCUAUAUUGAAAAAGCAUGAGGCCUUCGAGAGCGACCUUGCAGCUCACCAGGACCGUGUUGAACAGAUCGCUGCAAUCGCCCAGGAGCUGAAUGAGCUGGACUACUGGGAUUCCCCAAGUGUGAAUGAAAGAUGCCAGAAGAUCUGCGACCAAUGGGACAAUCUAGGAGCCCUGACCCAGAAGAGGAGAGAUGCUUUGGAGAGGACCGAGAAGCUCCUGGAGACGAUUGACCAGUUGUAUCUAGAAUAUGCAAAGAGGGCUGCUCCCUUUAACAACUGGAUGGAAGGUGCCAUGGAGGACCUGCAAGACACAUUUAUUGUUCACACUAUUGAGGAAAUCCAGGGGUUGAUAACUGCUCAUGAGCAAUUUAAAGCCACUCUGCCCGAGGCAGAUCGGGAGCGCCAGGCUAUCCUAGGCAUUCACAAUGAGGUAUCAAAGAUUGUCCAAACCUACCAUGUCAACAUGGCUGGUACCAAUCCUUACACAACAAUCGCCCCACAAGACAUUAAUAACAAGUGGGAAAAGGUUCGACACUUGGUGCCACAGAGGGACCAUGCUCUGAUGGAGGAGAAUGCUCGUCAGCAAUCCAACGAGAGACUGCGGAAACAGUUUGCGACACAGGCCAAUGUCAUUGGUCCUUGGAUUCAGACGAAGAUGGAGGAGAUUGGUCGUAUCUCCAUUGAGAUGCAUGGCACACUGGAGGAUCAGCUGAACCACCUCCGACAAUAUGAGAAAAGCAUUGUCAACUACAAACCAAAGAUUGAUCAGCUAGAAGGAGAUCAUCAGCUCAUUCAAGAGGCACUAAUCUUUGACAACAAGCACACCAACUACACAAUGGAGCAUAUCCGAGUGGGCUGGGAACAGCUGCUCACCACCAUUGCCAGGACAAUCAAUGAAAUCGAGAACCAGGUCCUGACCAGGGAUGCAAAGGGCAUCAGUCAGGAACAGAUGAAUGAGUUCAGGGCCUCCUUUAACCACUUCGACAGGGACCAUUCUGGCACCCUCGGAGCAGAGGAGUUCAAAGCCUGCCUCAUCAGCUUGGGGUACGAUAUUGGAAAUGACGCACAGAAGAGGACUGGAAUGAUGGACAGUGAUGAUUUCAAAGCUUGCCUUAUCUCCAUGGGUUACAAUCUGAGCGAAACUGAAUUUGGACGCAUCAUGAACAUCGUUGACCCCAACAACAUGGGUGUCAUCACGUUCCAGGCCUUCCUGGACUUCAUGUCUCGAGAAACCACAGACACGGACACUGCUGACCAAGUCAUGGCGUCGUUUAAAGUUCUAGCGGGUGACAAGAAUUACAUCACAGCUGAAGAGCUGCGUCGCGAGUUACCUCCAGACCAAGCGGAAUACUGCAUUGCUAGAAUGGCACCCUACACCGGGCCGGAUGCAGUUCCAGGCUCCCUGGACUACAUGUCCUUCUCCACAGCACUCUAUGGUGAAAGUGACCUCUAACUCUGCAUCUUUUGUAUGCAAACCAGUGUCUGCUCACCUCUAUUUGGCUUUAAACUAAAGAAAUUGCGGAAUGUCUGCUUGAGCUGGCAAGUGCAGUUUACAGAAGAAAUACUUUUUUCUUCAGGCAACUUCAAAACAUAUUUUAUUAUAGAAAUAGGUAUUUUUCUCAAAACGUUCCAAAAAGAAAGAAUUGAAAUGCACCAUUUACUUUUGUUGUGAUAUCCGUAGUUAAGCACAACGUUGCAUUCCAUGAUUUUCUACUAAUGUACACAUUUUAUGUAUAUGAAAUAAGACCACAUUGUAACUCACUGUUGCACAAAAUUAAGCAAGUUCACUCAUUACACUGCAUAAUAAAGGAUUUAUUUUAUAAAUAAGUAUUUUCAGACUUUUUUUAAAUCACUUUGCUUUAUAUGUGGUGUUGCCAUUGUUUUCAUAUUUGAGUUUCUUUUUGAGAAGAAGACAAUCACAGUAUCAAUAUAUGCAACUAAUAUGCUGUUUCAGCUGCCAUAGCUUCUAAACAAAAAAAAUCAGACAAGAAAAAGCAGCAACAAGAUUGCAUUACCCAUUUUCAAUCUUUAUUUAGCUGUGGUUUAGGGAGUUUCUCACUCUUGUUCUUUAGUAUCUGGGAUGCUCAAGCUAUGGCCUAUGACCACCUGUGCCCUUUACCCUCCCAAAGCCCUGCAAAUCCAAAGUCAGGACAACUCAGACUUUCUCAUGAGAUGAUCUUUGUUGAAUUUGGCAGGACUGGAGAUUUGCACAGAUCCGCGCUUAGUACUGUUGACUUAAGUUCUAAAUUAGCACACCAAUGUACGCUAUGAUCAGCACUUAAAAUAUGAAUAGUUGUUUUGGUAGUACAAAGAUGAAAUAUUGCUGAAAACAAAUGUGCUUGUGAAACUUUUCACCUUGCAUUCGAGUGGACAGAGGCAACUUUCAUUAGAACAAACUCAAGAUUGUCUCAAAACAUUACUCCCUUUGAAAUUUUGACAUUCUUGCAUCUGCCCUGGUGUGUACAGGAAGAAAAGCUGAACAAUGUGUCUUUUUAUUUUAGCAAAACACAAGCUAUAUAUGUAUAAACAUAUUAAAUAGACAAAUCUAAUGGUAAUCUUGCUUUUGAAUUUAAUACUUGUGCCUUCCCUUCUCCCACAUUUCCAUGAUAUUGUUCUGUGCAGCCCACCAAUAAACAAAAAUACUUUGACACCCCUGAUUUUUUUUUAUCACCUUACUGAAGAUAUCGAUGAGCACACAAGGAAAUGGAAUGUAUUGGCUACUUUUGAACCACGUGUAGAAGACACACGUGCUUUCACAGCUUGUGAUGCACCUGUGUAAUAAUGUGUUAGACAUGAUUAACCUGUCCAAAUCACCAGUUUUUUUCUCCCCUGGAGAAGAAAAAUGUUUUCGCAAGCUAUGUUAAAUUUUCUCCACAGCCCUUGUGAAUCAUGAAGCAUGACCUUUUAUCAUUAUUUUGCUUCGUUUCAAGCUUUGAGCUUGAUCACACCCAUAUUUAGUCAAAACUGCAUUCAAAAUAAGCAACGCCUAGGAUAGCGUUCCCAAUUUGAACCUCGGUAAUAAAACGUGGAACAAAUUGGUGCAAGUUUAUGAAGUUUCAGUUGCUGUACAUAAGUGAAACAAUCCAAUGUCAAGCAAUUUUGACAUUCCUUUAUUCUAUGCUACACCAUACCACAAUAUUACUUCUUUUAAAAUGUGAAAAUGGAUAGCCAUAGUGAGGCUGGAUUGCCAUUGAAGAUUAUCCUGGAGAAUAAUCUAUUUAACGCUAAGCUUGACUGGGUCCUGCUCCAGUUUGGUGUUCGUUUACUUGCUGAAAUACAUUUGACAUUGACAAUCAAACUGGUCACCUAGCUAUUAGGGGUUUUUUUGUGCAAAAGAAAAGGUUCAGUUCACACCAACAUUUGCUUGUUGCCAUCUAAAUUCCUUUGCUGCAUGGAAUGUUUUACUUGGCAUAUUUGAAACGUAACCUGAAUUUUUGAUCUAGGUUGCAUCUCUUUUUUUAAUGUUUUGAGGGUAAGAGAAUCUAUUAUCAAGUUGCUUUUAUCCUUAUGGAAAGGAAGUCAGGAUGAAUUGACUGCAACAAUUUUAUACAUCAAAUAUCUAUUUGUACUG